UAAAAAAAUGGUUUUUUGGGGUACCUAGGUUUUGGAGUGAUUACAAUACUUUUACACACGACCUGGGCGUGCGGAAAAGUAAUAUUUUACAUCGAAAAUGCUUUUACACAUUUGUAUAUGUACUUCCACGAAUAAAAUGAAUGAGAGAUGAGCCGAAAAUUUGAAUUGAGGCUUCGUGUCAAUUCAGUUAGUCAAACUUCAAUGUUUCUAUAACAUCUUUGCAAAUGAUCGCGUGUGGAUUCUUAUUUUGAUUGACUGGUUUGCAAUGAGUAAAUUACUAUAUACGUGUAAAACAAUGAUCACUUUUGAACUAUUGUUUUCCUGAACGUCCGCAAACACAGCAACAAUUUGAAUAGCAGAUUGAAAAGGUAGAAAUUAAUACAUAUAUAACAAAUCGGAAGCAUAAUACUCUGUAGAAUAGUCAAUGUGCUAGUUUGCUAUGAUUUCAUGUGGUUUCGUUUGAACUUAAGUUAAAUAACCUACAGGUUGCAAAUUGAGAUUAGUCUUGAUUGUGAUUUCAGGUUGGAAAGUACAUUCAAAAAAAAUGAUUCCGCAUUAUUCGUGUAAGCAUAUCAAUAGAUCGCAUGACUAUCAUAUUCAUUUCCACACAUAAUAUUCAUAAUUUAACGCAACAAAGAGAUGAUGAUAUUAUAUAGCCUAGUUUCAUACUAGGUAUGGCAUGAAUACCAUUUACUUGAAGCAUUUAGUGAUUCGUACAUUUUUAACAGUGAAGUUAAUAGGCGCUUCCAAACGAAUUCAACAAAACAUACUCGGAAUAAGUAAAAAUGAACGUAGCAAAUGAAAAAACUGAGAAUAUUGAACAUCCAUACGAGAAAGCAACCAUUCUGGCACGUUGGACAUUUUGGUGGCUAAAAGAUUUAUUCAAACUUGGAUUGCGCAAAUCGCUUGAUGCAUGCGAUAUUUACGAUAAUUUGAAAGAAAAUGAUUCAGCUGGAUUGAAAGUGGACUUCGAAGAUAAAUGGGAAAAGGAGAAGAAACGAGAAAAAAGGAAGCCACGAAUUUUAAAUGUGAUAUGGAGAAUAAGUUUAUCAAAAACACUCGGUUUCAGUGUUUUGUACUCCCUCAUCGAUAUUUUGCUUAGAGUCGUACAAUCUCAAUGCAUUGGUGGGCUUGUUCUAUAUUUUUCGAAAUCCGGUACUGAAUCACAUACAUCGGUACACUGGUAUGCAUUUGGACUGAUUUCAUGCGCAUUUUUAUCCAGUUCCAUCACAAACCCAUUUUUGAUGUAUACAUAUCAAAGGGGUUUGCACAUUCGCAUUGCACUUUGUUCAAUGGUUUACAGCAAGGUUUUAAAAAUGCGAAAAUCAUCUGCGUUGAAUGGUUCUAGUGGAAAAGUGAUAAAUUUGUUAUCAUUUGAUACCUAUCGAUUUGAUACCGCGGUGUCACUGCUCCAUCACCUUUGGAAGGGGCCCAUUGAAGUUCUCAUCUUUGGAUAUAUCCUUUACAAUGAACUUGAUUACUACGGCUGGAUUGGUGUUGCGUUCAUUAUGUGUUUCAUUCCCAUUCAAAUUACAAUGGGAAAAAUGAUAGCGAAAUUUCGUUAUCGCGUGAUCAAACAAACCGAUGCGCGUAUUCGUACCUUGAAUGAGAUUCUACAAGGCAUUCAGACAAUUAAAAUUUUUGCGUGGGAACGACCGUUUAUAAAUAUGGUUCAGAAAAUCAGAAAGAAAGAACUUCAAUCUAUUCGUGGUGUCUUCAUAGUGCGUGGAGUGUUGUGCAGUUUUUCGAUCAUAUCGCGACUAGCGAUAUUCUUAACACUAGCCUCAUAUGUUUGUUUUGGCAAUGUUUUCACUCCACGCCAAGUAUUUGUGGUCACAUCUUGCUACAAUUUCUUGUAUGAUUCCAUGUUGUACUUCUGGACUGUGUCCGUGACAUCUCUUGCCGAGUGUUUUGUGUCUAUGAAGCGUAUUGAAAACUUCCUUCUUUUGCCCGAAGGGAAACCGCUCAAAUCUGAAAAAAUAAAUUUCGCAUUCAGUUCGGAUGAUAGUUUGGAAAAACACUCGAAUGUGAUGAUAUCCUCUCACAAAAUAGUCCAAGUCAAUGAACAUUCACAAGCUAAAUGUGUUAUAUUCAAAAAUAUCACAGCCAAAUGGAGUGCUGAAAAUCAAUCUGGCAUCAUUGAUAUGGACUUUGAGAUACAUGACAAACAAAUGAUUGCUAUAAGUGGUCCAGUUGCCGCGAGCAAGUCAACAAUUUUACUUGUUAUGCUACGUGAACUGGAAAUUGACAGUGGUGAGCUCAUUGUAAACGGAUUGAUUAGCUAUUCACCUCAGGAACCAUGGGUCUUUGAUGCAACCAUAAGGCAGAAUAUUUUGUUCAAUGAACCCUUUGACAGCGAACGAUAUCUCGAAGUGAUUCGUGUUUGCAGUCUUGAACGGGAUUUACAAUCGUUGCCGGCUGGCGAUUUAACAAUGGUCGGUGAAUCCGGGAUAUGCCUCAGCGGUGGUCAAAAAUCGCGCAUAAAUUUGGCCAGAGCAAUUUACAGAAGGGCCGAUAUUUAUUUACUCGACGAUCCUCUCUCAGCAGUAGACACUGCUGUUGGGAAAUAUAUUUUCAACAAUUGUAUAAAAGACUUUUUAAGAGAUAAAAUCUGCAUUCUAGUCACACAUCAGGAACAAUACAUAAGCGCUUCAAAUCGUACUAUUUUUAUUCAAAAUGGAAAAUGCCAAAAAAUCACUCAGAACAAACCGUUCAAUCAAACAGAUAUCAAUGCAGAAUCGAAAAAAUAUUUGAAUAAGGUGCAAAUCUCACACGAUCUUAAUGCGGCACACACUGAGCAAGUAAAGAGUCGGCAAGAACAUCAAUCAAUCGGAUCGAUUAGUGGGAAUGUAUACAAAUCAUAUGUGGAAUCUGUUGAAAGUCCAAUUUUAAUCACAGUUGUGAUAGGAUUAUUUGUGAUUGGUCAGAUGCUAAUCAGUGGCAUUGAUUUCGUUGUUUCGAAAUGGGUGAAUUGGGAAAUCGAUUUGGCUACUCACGACUACGUUAUAUCAAUGAAAAUAGCAAAUAUUACAUCAAAAGACACUGGAUCCAUUAAAGCCCACCGAAUCAAAUUUUUAUACCUCUAUGCAUUGCUAAUUAUUGCCGCGUUGUACUUAGUGUUUCAACGAGCAUUUACACUCUAUAUAUUCUGCUUGAGAGCCGCGCGUCGAAUACAUGAUAGACUGCUGCAAAGUGUAUUACAUGCCAGCAUGUAUUUUUUCAAUAUAAAUUCCUCCGGGCGUAUAAUCAAUCGAUUUUGCAAAGACUUAUACGAUGUCGAUUAUUACUUGGCCCUUGUUUUGUACGAUGUAACACUGCUAUGCCUUCAAUCUAUUAUGUCAUUGGUUUUGGUGUCACUGACCAAUACUUGGGUGGCAGUAGCAACACUUGGAAUGAGUUUUGUGUUUUAUGGAAUGCGACAUAUGUAUGUUAGUUCAGCAAGAUGCCUCAGGCGGUUAGAAGCACUAGGAAGGAGCGCCAUCAUAAGCCAUACAAACGCUACAAUAAACGGAUUGUGUACGAUCCACGCGACCAAAUCAGAGGCCGUACUCCUCAAAGAAUUCAAUUCUUUGCAAAACCACAACACUAGUGUUGGUUAUAUUUUCAAGGCCUCAACUCGGGCAAUAGCAUUUUGGCUGGAACUCCUGUGUGUACUCUAUAUGACCGUUGCAAUUGUGAUAUUUUUAGUACUUGACAAAGAAAUAACGGGCGGAAAUGUGGGUCUAGCAAUAACUCAGAUUUUGAGUUUAAUAUCGUUAAGCCAGUGGGGUGUUCGACAAACGGCUGAACUCGAAAAUAAUAUGACUUCCGUUGAACGAAUUAUGGAGUAUAUAAAUUUGCAGCCAGAAGAAGACAAAGCACAUGAUGAUUCAAUUAGUAAACCACCUGAAAAUUGGCCGGCAAAUGGCGUGAUUGAAUUCAUAAACGUGUCUUUGAAAUACACCGAAAAAGGAGAUCGUAUUUUGAAUUCGGUAAACUUCAAAGUCCACGCCGGUGAAAAAGUUACGAUUUGUGGCCGAACUGGUGCCGGCAAGACCUCUAUAGUGAAGGCAUUAUUCCGAAUGGCGUACAAUGAAGGCUUGAUCAAAAUCGAUUCCGUAGACAUUUCCACAGUUCCUUUGAACACAUUACGUUCGAGCCUCUCUAUCAUACCACAGGAUGCAACUCUAUUCUCAGGAACAAUAAGAGAAAACUUGGAUCCAUUCAAUGAACAUUCCGACGACGAUCUUUGGCGGGCACUUGAUCAGGUAGAGCUCAAAUCCAUAAUUCGUGUUUUGCCAAAUGGUUUGGAUGAUGAUGCUCUGAGUGGUGGACGUAAUCUCAGCGCCGGGCAACGCUCACUCUUCUGCUUGGCACGGGCCAUUCUACGGAAAAACAAAAUCCUAAUAUUAGAUGAAGCAACAGCGAACCUUGACAUUGCAAUGGAUUAUUUGUUACAGAAAACGAUUCGCAAGCAUUUUUCCCAUUGUACCGUGCUGACUAUCGCACACCGGCUGCACACAAUCAUAGCAGAUAGCAGUCGAAUUCUGGUUAUGGAUGCGGGAAAAGUUGUGGAAUUUGAUCAUGCCCAUCGCUUACUUCAGAAUAGUGAUGGUUUUCUGACGAAAUUAGUCAACGAAACUGGACCAACCGAUGCUCAAUAUUUAAAAGAGAUUGCUCAACUAAGUUAUGAAAAAAAAUCAAACGGAAUUUGUGAAAUAAGACGUCGAUAAUAUUUCGAGAAAAAAAAAUCUAAUGAAAAUGAAUAAAAUGUAAAAUGUUUAUAAAUACCACCAAUAAUAUAUAUAUUAUUACAGUU